AUGACUCCGUCAACCCCAGUUCAAGGAUUGGGACAAGCCCCUCUCGAAAUAUCUGCCUUCAGUCCCUACGACACUCCUGCUCAAUAUCAGCCUCCAUCGGGCUACCUAUUCGCCGGCACCGAGAUUGAGAAGACGAGGUAUGGUGAUGACGCCGUGCGAGAUAUCUCAUCUUCUUCCUCCAGCGCCAUUCUUCCACCUUCGUGGAACCUCGUACCUCCUCCAUUGACCCUGCCUUCUAGAAGUAGGUCGAGCAGAUCCGACAGCCGUGUUCUCAGCAGUACUUUCGGUGAUAUUGCCCUGCACCGACACCUCCAGGGCUUGGAUGACCCGUUUACUUCAACGUCGCCGCUGUCAUCGUCGCCAAAAAGAUCGAGAAGCGAGCGAACGGUGCGUGGUGGCAAUUCCGCCAGUUGGACGCUUGGUGACAAUGACACCACCUGGGCGAGGGCGAGGAAACAGCGGACAAGAACGAUGCGCGAUAAUCGUACCAACAGGACGGCCAUUCGUGACAACACCGAUGGCGAUCUCGACCUCGAUGCCGACGAGGCGACCAGACACUUUUGCCAAACUCGACGCCUAAGCACAUCUCCGGCUUCGCCCACGUCCCAAGUCGCAGCCUGGUCGCGGUACCGGAAAGUAGAACGAGCGCUGCUGGCGGUCACACAAGCCAUUGACCGAUUCCCCGACGGAAUGCUUCGUCUGGAUUCGCCGGCCCUGAUAGAAAUGAGGCGGGACUGUGCUUUCUGGUCUUGUUCUUCCGAUGGCCCUGUCACCGUCGUCGACAUGACCGAGCAGAACCAGAUGUACAUCGAUUGGUUCCACAGAAUAUUCCCGAGUGCGCCGACGCAGCUUGUUUCUGCGCUGGCGGCCUGGAUCUUGGUCGACUUGUAUUUCUCGCGACUUUUAUCGGAGAAAAAGGGAUGGCAACGGCAACAGCACGAAGAAUUAGGACCUAUGUCCAUGGAAUCUCGGUUUCGUGUCUUGGAGGAACAACAUUCCAGGAUUACGAUGGACACGGGACGCAAUUUCACAGCUCGGCUAGGGCUCGAUCAUCCCCGUGACCAUGACGUUUCUCCCUCUUUCUUCUCUCCCCCGUCUAUGGCCGGAGCGACGGAUGAAGAAGAGACAAGAAGAUUCUGGGCCCAUGCAAACACAUCAUCAACAUACCACCCAAGAAGCCUGCACCAUGUUUUCCCGAACAAAGCGACAGCCAUACCUGGUCUGGGGGGAUUAUCCGACGAUGAGACGUCGAUUCCAGUUCGGUGCGAGAACGAAGACGUGUUGCGCAAAGGCGUGAGCGUAAGCGGAAGCGGAAGCGUAAGUGUCGACGUCGAGGCUGUCCAUGCUCGCAUCGGUGUCGUUGCUCGAACCCUGGUCGAGGCUUUACGGGGAAGUUGGGACGACGACGUUUGGCGCUCGUUGAAGGUUUUGGUCGAACUUCUCGAAGGGGGUGGAGGUGUAGCCACUGCGACUGCGAAUACAGGUUAG